UGUUUAUCCGCUCCCCAUCUCCUGCCCCCUCCUUCCUCUUCUCGCCGUCACCCAUUCUCGUCUAAAUUGACACUCAACCCAGCCAGGCUCCCACCGUCCAUCCAUCCAUCUUCUCUCCUUUCCCUGGGGCCGAGUGCAGUAGGGAAAGGAGGCUGUAAACGGAGGACGGCAGACACGACAAAAAUCGGAACCGGCGAAGCCUGGUGCUGAUUCUCGCGCGACGCCAUCGAGGUGUCUGGCGUGUGUGCUUUUCAGUGCUGCCGCCCACUCCCACAGUAACCAGUAACAUGGCCGGGGCAUCGGUCAAAGUGGCGGUGAGGGUUCGGCCCUUCAACUCCAGAGAAAUGGCCAAGGACAGCAAAUGCAUCAUUCAGAUGACAGGAAACACCACAACAAUCCUGAACCCCAAACAGCCAAAAGAAAACAAGAGUUUCAACUUUGACUAUUCCUACUGGUCUCACACCACGCCCGAGGACAUCAACUAUGCGUCCCAGAUGCAAGUGUACAAGGACAUCGGCGAGGAGAUGCUGCUCCACGCAUUUGAAGGCUACAACGUGUGCAUAUUUGCAUACGGACAGACAGGAGCGGGCAAGAGCUACACCAUGAUGGGAAGGCAGGAGACUGACCAACAGGGCAUCAUACCUCUGCUCUGUGAGGACCUUUUUACCAAGAUUAGUGACAGCAAUAAUGACAACAGCAUGUCUUACUCUGUGGAGGUGAGUUACAUGGAAAUCUACUGCGAGCGUGUGCGUGACUUGCUAAACCCCAAAAACAAAGGGAACCUGCGAGUAAGAGAGCAUCCUCUGAUGGGACCCUACGUGGAAGACUUGUCCAAGCUGGCUGUCACCUCUUACAACGACAUCCAGGACCUGAUGGACUCUGGAAACAAGGCCAGAACUGUCGCUGCUACAAACAUGAACGAGACCAGCAGCCGCUCCCAUGCCGUCUUUAACAUCAUCUUCACUCAGAAGAAACAUGACUCAGAGAGUGAAAACACAUCAGAAAAGGUCAGCAAAAUCAGCCUGGUGGACCUGGCUGGUAGCGAGCGGGCCGACUCUACCGGCGCAAAAGGAACCAGACUGAAGGAAGGAGCCAACAUCAACAAAUCUCUGACCACACUGGGCAAAGUUAUCUCUGCUUUAGCUGAGCAGGACUCAGCCCCAAACAAGAACAAAAAGAAGAAGAAGGUGGAGAAUUUCAUUCCCUACAGAGAUUCAGUCCUGACGUGGCUACUGAGGGAGAACUUGGGUGGAAAUUCUCGUACGGCCAUGGUGGCUGCCCUCAGUCCUGCUGAUAUCAACUACGAUGAAACCCUCAGUACACUCCGGUACGCUGACCGCGCCAAGCAGAUCCGCUGCAACGCUGUCAUCAACGAGGACCCGAACAACCGUCUGGUACGCGAGUUGAAAGAGGAGGUGGCCCGCCUCAAAGACCUGCUCUAUGCUCAGGGCCUUGGCGACAUCAUUGAGAACCUGUGCGAUUACAAGAACUUUGUGAAUGAUCGCCAGGCUGUCAAUCAAAGGGGUGAUCUCUCCACAGUGACCAAUGCCAUGACGGGUAUGAGCCCCUCCCCCUCGCUGUCGGCCAUGUCCAGUCGCGCCGCCUCCAUCAGCAACCUCCACGAUCGCAUUUUCAGCCCGGCCAGCGAGGAGGCCAUCGAGAGGCUCAAGGAAACAGAGAAAAUCAUUGCAGAACUCAAUGAAACUUGGGAAGAGAAACUACGGCGUACUGAGGCCAUUCGCAUGGAGAGAGAGGCCUUACUGGCUGAGAUGGGUGUUGCCAUGAGAGAAGAUGGAGGCACUGUUGGCGUUUUCUCCCCAAAAAAGACACCACAUCUGGUCAACCUGAACGAGGACCCACUGAUGUCCGAGUGCCUGCUGUACUACAUUAAAGACGGCAUGACAAAGGUUGGUCGUGAGGAUGCCAAGGCGCGGCAGGACAUUGUGCUCAGUGGACAUUUUAUCCGAGAUGAGCAUUGCACCUUCAGCAGCACCACAGGCCCUCAGGGAGAAGGUUGCGUGGUUUUGGAGCCAUGUGAAGAUGCUGAAACGUACGUUAAUGGAAAGCGAGUGACGUCGCCCACUGUGCUGCGCUCAGGCAACCGCAUCAUCAUGGGCAAGAGUCACGUGUUCCGCUUCAACGACCCAGAGCAGGCCCGGCUGGAGCGCGAGAAGACGCCGUGCGCUGAGACGCCGGUGGAGCCCGUCGACUGGGCCUUCGCUCAGAGGGAGCUGCUGGAGAAGCAAGGCAUCGACAUGAAGCAGGAGAUGGAGCAGAGGCUUCAGGAGCUUGAGGAUCAAUACCGUAAAGAAAGAGAAGAAGCGAGUAUCUUGCUGGAACAACAGAGGCUGGAUUAUGAGAGUAAACUGGAGGCUCUCCAGAAGCAGGUGAACUCCCGCUACCUGGAGUCCCCCGAGGAAGAAGAGGAACCAGAGGAAGAAGUGCCGUGGACCAAGCGCGAGACGGAGCUGGCUCUGUGGGCCUUCAGGAAGUGGCGCUUCUACCAGUUCACCUCGCUUCGGGAUCUGCUUUGGGGUAACGCCAUCUUCCUCAAGGAGGCCAACGCUAUUAGUGUAGAGCUGAAAAAGAAGGUCCAGUUCCAGUUCGUCCUUCUGACGGACACCCUGUAUUCCCCCCUGCCUCCCGACCUACUGCCUCCCAGUGAGUCCAAGGAAACGGAGAGGCGACCGUUCCCGCGGACCAUCGUAGCCGUGGAAGUGCAGGACCAAAAGAACGGAGCCACUCAUUACUGGACUCUGGAGAAGCUCAGGCAAAGACUGGACCUGAUGAGAGAAAUGUACGAUCGGGCCGCAGAGCUCCCCAGUAACGCCGUGGAAGACUGUGACCAUGCUCUCACUGGUGGAGAUCCUUUCUACGACCGCUUCCCGUGGUUCCGUCUGGUUGGCAGAGCAUUUGUGUACCUGAGCAACCUGCUGUAUCCUGUUCCAUUGGUCCAUCGUGUGGCCAUCGUGAGCGAGAAAGGCGAAGUGAAGGGCUUCCUCAGAGUGGCUGUGCAGGCCAUUUCAGCGGAUGAAGAAGCUCCAGAUUACGGUUCUGGUGUGAGGCAGUCUGGCACGGCCAAAAUCUCCUUUGAAGAUAAACAGUUUGAGAAGUUCCAGACUGAGUCGUGUACACCAGGCACUCUUUCCCACUCAAACACCUCCGAGGAGGAACUCCGCAUUGUGGAAGGAGAAGGUCAAAAUGUGGAGAUGGGAAUCUCUGCAGAUGAAGUCAACAACAACACAUGUGAAGCUACCCCGGAGCCUCUACCCAGCCCCAUGAAGAGCUCGGGACUGGGUCUAGAUCUUCCUUUGGAGCUCUUGCCAGAGAAGGCUUUGUCCCACCUGAUGAUAGGCAGCACCUUCACCUUCAGAGUCACCGUGUUGCAGGCCUCCAGCAUCUCGGCCGAGUACGCCGACAUUUUCUGCCAGUUCAACUUCAUCCACCGCCACGAUGAAGCAUUUUCCACCGAGCCGCUGAAGAACACUGGCAGGGGGCCGCCACUUGGCUUCUACCAUGUGCAAAAUAUCUCAGUGGAGGUGACCAAGUCAUUUGUGGAGUACAUCAGGACCCAGCCCAUCGUCUUUGAGGUGUUUGGUCACUAUCAGAAGCAGCCUUUCCCACCCCUCUGCAAGGACUUAAUCAGGUCAGGAUUUAAUGGAUCCAUAGUUGAUAUCUUUAAGAUACGUGAAAUUUCCACAAAAGUGACUUCUGUGCCUUUCAGUCCACUAAGACCUUCCAGAAGGCAGUUCCCCAGAGUGAUGCCUUUGUCCAAACCAGUACCAGCCACCAAACUCAGCACUCUGACCCGCUCUGCCGCCGGACCUUGUCACUCCAAAUAUGACCUCAUGGCCUUUUUUGAGAUCUGUGAGCUGGAAGCCAGCGGAGACUACAUCCCAGCUGUUGUCGACCACCGAGGCGGGAUGCCCUGCCACGGCACGUACCUCCUGCAUCAGGGUAUUCAGAGGAGGAUCACAGUCACCAUCGCUCAUGAAAGCGGGAACGACAUUGAAUGGAAGGAGGUAAAGGAGCUGGUUAUUGGUCGCAUCCGAAACACUCCGGAGGCUGAUGAGACCAUCAUAGACCCCAACAUCCUCUCAUUGAACAUCCUGUCUUCCGGAUAUUUCUGGCCAAAACAUGAUGACAACGUCUCCUUGGGAAUUGAUCAUAGAACUUUCUACCGAUUUGAGGCAGCAUGGGACAGCUCCAUGCACAACUCCCUACUCCUGAAUAGAGUUACCCCCUAUGGAGAGAAGAUCUACAUCACCCUCUCAGCCUAUCUGGAGAUGGAGAACUGCACUCAACCGACAGUCAUCACCAAAGAUUUUUGCAUGGUGUUUUACUCCCGCGACACCAAGCUUCCCGCAUCUCGUUCCAUCCGAAACCUCUUCAGUACAGGCUGCCUCAGGCCUUCAGAGAGUAACCGUGUCACCGGAGUCUACAAGGUGACACUCUGCUAUGUGGCUGACAACGGGAGUCCAGGCAUGCAGCGGCGUCGCAGACGAGUGCUGGACACCUCAGUGGCGUACGUCCGAGGAGAGGAGAACCUGGCCGGAUGGAGGCCUCGCAGUGACAGCCUCAUUUUGGACCACCAGUGGGAGUUGGAGAAACUCAGCUUACUUCAGGAGGUGGAGAAGACCCGGCAUUACUUGCUCCUGAGGGAGAAGCUGGAGGCCACACUGCUGGCCGGCCAGGAUGCUCUCUACAAGGGCGGUGACAUCGGCGAUUUUGCCAAGAGUCCACUCCAUAGCCAGAGUCCCGCAAGGAGCCCAGCACUGGACAGCCCCAACCAGAGGCAGAGGGAGCUGGCUGCCAAGUGUCUGCGUCUGCUGAUGCACACCUUCAACAGGGACUACAGCCAGGUGAGCAGCAGUGCCAGUGAGAGCAAGCUCUCCGAGAUAUCGGUGUCGCUAAUGAGGGAGGCGUCCAUUUCCACGCUGAGCACGCUCACGCCGUCCUCCACCUGCCCUUCGCUGAUCGAGGGACACUAUGACAUCAGACACGCGGAGCCCGGUUCGGGAGCAUCCACCCCUGAUCUGGACCCGUUUAGCCCAGUGGACAGAAAAAAAGCUCUCAAAGGCUGCAGCUUUGUUCCAGACAUACAGGAACUACGAGUCAGCCCAAUUGUGUCCAAGAAGGGAUACCUGCAUUUUCUGGAGCCCCACGCCAGCGGCUGGGUAAAACGCUACGUAGUGGUGCGCCGACCCUACGUUUAUCUGUAUCGUAGCGAGAAGGACAGCGUCGAGCGAGCCGUCAUCAACCUAUCGUCGGCCAAGGUGGAAUACGGCGAAGACAAGCAGACCUUGCUGCGGACUCCAAACACGUUUUCUGUGUGCACCGAGCAUCGUGGGAUACUGCUUCAGGCCAACAAUGACAAAGAGAUGCACGACUGGCUUUAUGCCUUCAAUCCUCUACUGGCGGGUACCAUCCGGUCCAAACUGUCCAGACGAAAGUCAGUCCAGUUGGCGCCGGUUGCCCAGAGGAUUUGAGAUUCUUCACAGGCGUCUUUGAAAAUGGCCAACACAACACCCACAAUACAACAAUCUAAACGCCACCAACUCUCCAUUUUAAACAUCCAUAAACCACUGAAAUAACCUAAAUAUAUAUAACAUGCCAUCACUCUUACAAACCUGCAUGUUGACACCACUGUGUAUAGUCAUAUACAAGUAGUUAGCUCUUCUUUAUUAUUAGUAAGCAGGCUAAUCCAUUGCGUGUGUUAUUUUUGUACACAGUGCCACCCGAUGGUGGGGGUGGUGGGGGUGGUGGGGAUGGUGGGGGUGGUGGGGCUCCUCUGCACGAUAGCGCUAGUCUGCCUAUUCUAUCGUUUUGUAUCCGGUUCGCUUCGGAGGUAUCACGGUACAUGUAAUAGUAGCACGUGGCUAUGGAAAGCAUUUAUUUGAUAUCCUUAAUCCGUGUACUAGUACGCUCUGUCCCGGGGAGUACGACUAUUCAGAGGACUUGUAGAACAUUGUAAAAACAUUUCGGCUACUAGGGCCAAUUUUGGCCUACUAUUAGUAUCAAAGAUACCGAAUACAUGAUGUUUAAAAUGAAAUGUUUGAGCAAUUAUUCGAAAUCCUUGAUAUCCAGCUUAAGGUUGAUUUACUAGUACGCUCUUUGUCCUCACUAGUAGGAAGGACAAUGUUGGCAUGCUAGGAGGACAACUCCAUGUUACUAGUGAGGAAAAACUGCUAGUGGGAAUUUUGGUCCUACUAGUGCGGUCCAGGAGGCUUCUAGUAGAAUGUGCACUAGUAGAAUGACUGGGGUGCACUAGUGGAAUAACUGUGUCUUACUAGUAAUAUGUUUCCACUACUAAUGCCACUAUGGGCUUACUAGUAGGCUACGCAAUUUAACUGUACUCGUAAACUCUGCACGAAUAUUUCUUGGCCCAACUCGAAGGAAUGUGUCACACACAAAUAGCCUCCUGGCCCCUAGAAGUACCACCAAAAUGCCCACUAAUAGUUUUUGACUCACUAGUGAAAUUGUCCUACUAGUAUGCCAAAGUUGUCCUACUGGUGUGCAGACACGUCAUACAGUUUGUGGAAACAACUUUGCUAGUAAGAUACAAUCGUUCUACUAGUGCGCCCUAGUCAUUCUACUACUUUACAUAAAAUUGUUUGAGUAUUUAUUCUUAAGGUCUAUACCAGAAGGCCAAAAGUCCCACUAGUACUGGACAUUUUGUUUUUACUAGUUAGACACAGUUGUUCUACGAGUGCGCUGAAUUGUACUACUACUACUAGUGACAUUAUCAAAUUCUACCCAUUAACAACUAGCACUUGACUAGUAGUACUUGUAGCCCAGAUGCGGCUGACUAUUAACACUUAGUUGUCCUACUAGUGCGCAGACAUUUUAUGCAGUAGUUGAAAACAAAAGUUACUAGUAAGAGUGUCGUUCGACUAGUCUAUUGCACUGAAUUGUCUUAAUAGUGAGGACAAAGUGCGUACUAGUACAUAGACCUUAAGCCGGCUCAAUUAUGGUAGCAUGAAUGUUGAUGUGUUCCCCGCCAAAGUCGAGCAAGACGACACCCUGGCCUUGAAAAGAGGGGGAAGAAAAAGAUAAUCCCUUGUGCAUAUUAUCACAGAGUAACAUUAUUUUCUGUUGCUUUAUGCUUUUAGUUACUUGUGAUGGAACUACCGACCAAUUUUGUUGCACGGCACUUUAUCGUCCUUGUUGAGUUGUUGCAUUACCAAAGCUUUGUUUUUUUUCGUUUGUUUCUUUGUUUUCAACCAAAAUCCAGAUUAUAAGAUUUUUUUAAAAAUAUUUUUCUGAGCAAUUAUCAGUGGUGUGUUUAGAGUGAUUUUUCCUCCCUGGUCUGCUCUGGAAAAUAGUCACGGCCGGCAGUCGUAAAUGUGAAAGCCGGUCAAUAUUUAUAAUAGCGAUUGUCGGAUAUUUCGUGAUGUGUGCUGUGUUGAUCAUGUCGAUCACGCCACACACUAUAAGAACACACGUGGUGAUUUUUGUCCUCGUCAUGUGGCGGGUCUCUUGCAUUUUUUAAAAUCAGGGUACUGUACUCACAUCAUGAUUUGAGCUGAUAAUCACCACGGGUGCUUACUGUUCUUAUAAUGUGUGUUGUACUCCAGAUGACCAACACAGCAGGGACCAUUUUCUAAGCAGGUCAUGGUGGGGGGGGGGGGGGGGGGGGGGGAAAUCACUUCUAACCCAGCCUCCGCCCCAGGAUAAUCACUCAGGACAUCUGACAUUCUGGCCUUUGCUGACUUCAAUUACAACAGAGGAAAAAUGAUCAAACGUGGCCCGAUUGUUGUGUGUGUACUCGCUGCUGAAUAUGUUCAAAAUCAGUGUGUGCACCCUACUUUUAAAUCUACACAUUGAGAAUGUCCACACAAAAACGGAAGAGUUCUUUCAGUCCAGUCGCUCCUGCUUUUUCCAUUCCUACAUACAUACGUUUCUAUGUGAAUUUGAUCUAUCCUGUCUUUCAUGCACCGGAAAAAAUGCUGCUUUGUAUAUCUUUGACUUAUUAUCGUCACUAGUAGCGCAAUACAAGAAAAUGUACUUGUAAUGCGGGAGCCUGUGCUAAUGGGAAUUUAGUAGUAUUGCAGACAAAAAGUAGGUCCAAUUGGUAGAUUGAUUAUGCCGUAAUCAAGCCGUAACAUUUAAAUUACUUUUAUGUUAAUAAUAAUAUUUAUGGAAAACAUUUCAUGUGAGGUAUGACCUGCAUUCCGAUAGUAGCAUUGAGUGUUUUCCGUUUGUUUCUCAUUGUUUUGCACGUUCCAGAAUUCACCUUUUUUAUUAUUUUAUUUAUUAAUUUUUUUUUGGGGGGGGGGGGGGUUAAAUUCGCACUACAUUCUCAUGCGAUCAUAAAAAGGCAAAUUCCGCCCAGCUGCUAGUGCCUCCCUCUUUCUUCACCUUCUUUCCCUCAGCUUCUAUGUAGUAGGCUAAGUCUGAGUGCUAUUAAUUUUUGUUAUAGAAAUGACAUAUACAAGUGAAUAUCCUCAUAUAGUCAUAUGUUGUGCUAGCCUGUGACAUCCUCGGUAUAUCUUGGUAUCAUUUGUAAACAAAAAGUCAAUUUGUUUACUUUGUAGCUGUUUUAACGCUUGACAAUGAACUUAUAAGGGGAUGGUUUGUAGUUGUUUUAAUGCGUCGAUGACUGUUUUUCUGGGCUUUUAUUGAGUCAAGGCACAUAAUUUUACAUCUCCACCAAACAAAAAGGCCACAAAAAUUAUAUCGUUGGUGUCGGUUGGAAUCCUCUCAUCUCCCCCCCCCC